AUGCCCGAUAUCAUCUCCUGGCAAGACUGGAUUCUGUCGGGCGGCGUGUACGACAGCGUCUCAGAUUCUUUUAGACGUGACCCCCCGUCCAGGAACGAUGUUGAUGAUGUGCAGCCACUGCCUCAGCUUCAAUCUACGAUGUCUGCAGGGAACACGGGCAGCGAGUCGUCUGGUGGACACACCCUAGCGCUGAAUGAAGAUGUCAUUUCUCAAAUUCUCGAGGCGACGUGGGCCUCUCCAUCGUGGAAGGCCUGUCAGAUGGAAGGCACGAGCUGGGAUGGGACUGCAGAAGAGAACAUACAGAAUUAUGUCUCCUCCAUCGGCGUAGAAGACCCGGACUCGAAUCGUGAACAGCCUUGA